AUGAUGAUGAUUCCUCCAUUCCUUGGGAACAAUGAUCCGGAUGUAUAUCUGGAUUGGGAGAAGAAGUGCGAGAUUGCCUUCAACCAACAUAACAUAGCUGACAUCAACCGAGUAAAACUAGCAGCUAUGGAGCUCAAGUAUUAUGCUCUAAGUUGGUGGAAACAGGUUGAGACGGCCCGAGCUUACAAUGGAGCUUAUGAGAUCUCUACUUGGGGAGAAAUGAAAAGGGUUAUGAGGCAGCGGUUCGUUCCCAAUCAUUAUCAGCGUGAACUUCAUUCCAAGCUAAGGAAGCACAGUCAGGGAAAUCAUUCAGUUGAGGAGUACUAUAGUAGCCAUGGGAAAUCGAAACCCAAGCAGCCUGACAAGAUCACAAAGCCUUAUCCAAGACAUAUCUCUAAAGAAACAAGUCAUGAACCACAAGAAAGCACUAAAAGCAAAGGUAAGCAUUCUGUUUCUCAACAAUUACAAGAAUUAACGUUUUGCAGCUCCAAGAACAGAGACCAUGUUUCUAAGGAGAUCCCAAGCAAGGUGAUCCCUUCCUCUAUUAGUCCAAAUCCUCUGGCAGCAGAAAGUGUCAAAGAAGUGCCAAAGGAUCACGCAGAGAAAAGUUUAGGUGCCAAAGAUGUUUCUGUCCAAACCCCCUGUUACGAACUGCAAGGCAACAAGAAACAAGAAAUUGUUUCAGUCUCUAACAAUGGAAAGGUACAAGCUAAACUUUCUCAAACUGUUUAUGAUGAUUCCAUGACUGGUAUAAUGCACUUGUCUUUCUCCAAAAGUGUUGAGACAGGUACAGGGUCUAGUGAAGAACAAAUGGAGAAAGCAAAUCAAGAAAAAGACUCAACCAAACCUGGAUUCCGCCAGAAUCUAAACCACCAGACCAACAACUACAAGGUUUAG